AUGGGUCCUCCUAAGCAGCUUUCGAAUCCUACGGAAUAUUCCGUGGGCAUCAUCACUGCGCUUGCCAACGAACUUACAGCUGUAGAGGCGAUGCUCGACGAAGAACACGGGAGCCCGUUGAAUUUUGCCCAGCAUGAAAGAGACGAUAACUGCUACGCGUGGGGCCGCAUGAGUGCCCAUAACGUCGUCAUCGCCUCAUUGCCCGAAGGAACAUACGGCCUUGUUUCUGCAGCAACUACCGCGUCCAGUCUGCUCAGCUCUUUGCCGCACCUUCGGAUAGGUCUCAUGGUCGGCAUUGGCGCUGGGAUCCCCAAGCUUCAGAAGAAUAUUGACAUACGUCUUGGAGACGUUGUUGUUAGUCAGCCUACUGAUCAAAGCUCGGGAGUCUUUCAGUACGACUUAGGGAAAAAGCGACAAGACGGUACUUUCCAGCACGUAGGAUCUCUUGCUCCACCUCCCACGGUCCUUCUCACGGGGUUAAAAAAGCUCAAAGCUAAGCGGCGCCGGAAGGGCUCUGAACUUCCCGAUAUUCUUGCAGAAAUGCUUCGCCGCUCCCCGAGAUUGGCAGAGCCUGAUGAUGACGACCCUGCCUUUAUAUACCAAGGCGCGCACAACGACCGGCUCUUCGAAUCGUCUGUUCCACACGUGAGCGGAGACCAAUACGGCUGCAGGACCAAAUAA